AUGCCGGUCCUUAGGAUGCUGCAGCGAGUCGUGGGCCAGAUGCUGCAGAGCCCUGCCGGUGGCUACAGAGCAGCUGUCCUGCCUGGCCGGGUCCUGGGCACCUCCUCUUGGCACAUUCCAGCAGAUGCCAACUUCCACUCUGGGUCUCUAUCUGGAACAGACCGGCCACCACGGGUCUUAAUUACAGGGGGUCUUGGCCAGCUUGGAGUGGGGCUUGCUAACUUGUUAAGGGAACACUUUGGGACAGACAAUGUGAUUUUGACUGACAUAAGAAAACCCUCCGACCAGGUGUUCCAUAGUGGCCCAUUUAUUUAUUCCGAUGUUCUGGAUUACAAGAAUCUCCGAGAGAUAGUGGUAAAUCACCGCAUCACCUGGUUGAUUCACUAUGGCGCUUUGCUCAGUGCAAUCGGAGAAACAAACGUAUCCUUGGCAAAAGCAGUAAAUAUCACCGGAUUGCAUAAUGUUCUGGACAUCGCCUUGGAACACAAUUUGCGAUUGUUUGUGCCCAGCACCAUCGGAGCUUUCGGACCUACUUCUCCCCGGGACCCAACCCCUGAUCUCUGCGUUCAGAGACCCAGGACGAUCUACGGGGUCUCCAAGGUCCACGCCGAGCUCAUGGGAGAGUAUUAUUAUUACCGGUAUGGGUUAGAUUUCCGAUGCCUGAGAUAUCCUGGCAUCAUUUCGGCUGACUCUGAACCUGGAGGAGGAACAACUGACUAUGCAGUCCAGAUUUUCCACGAUGCCAUAAAGAAUGGCAAGUAUGAGUGCUAUCUGAAACCCAGCACGAGGCUCCCAAUGAUGUACAUUGAUGACUGCCUCAGGGCCACCCUGGAAGUCAUGGAGGCCCCGGCAGAGUCCCUCUCUCUUCGGACCUACAACAUCAAUGCCAUGAGCUUUUGCCCCGAAGAGCUGGCCCAGGAGGUUCUUAAGCACAUGCCGGAAUUCCAGAUCACGUACAAAGUGGAUUCUGUUCGACAGGCCAUAGCGGAGAGUUGGCCGAUGAACUUCGAUGACAGCAAUGCUCGUAAGGACUGGGGAUGGAAACAUGAUUUUGACCUUCCAGAGCUGGUGACCACAAUGUUGAGCUUCCUUGAUCCCGAAAGUAGAGUUGCCCAAGCGAACUGA